AGUUGUGUGUGUGUUUGCUGCGUCGCAUUUUGUUUACGAUGUCGAAAAAGUGCAGCGUGCGCUCACUGAGCGACAGCGCUCUGGCGGAGCUGGCCAAUCUGCUGGUGUCCACCAUUAGCUAUGUGCAGUACGCGCCCGAUGUCCACUUGGACAUAAACAUUGUGAUGGUCGAGCUGAACGAGUAUUUGGCGCAAUCGGGCGCCACAUCGAACAUUUAUCAGGAUCUGCUGCGGGUUAUACUCAGCUCGGACUAUUUGGAUGCCAAUAUGCGGUUCACCUGCCUGCAAAUGUUGCUCAAUUGUGGCGUCACUUUUCUGUUUACGGAGGUCUUUCCGUUUAGUUACUAUGAGAAGAUUUUGCAGGUCAUUGCCGCUCAGGGCGCUGGCCUGCGCGUGCUCAACAUCAAGGGCAUUUGGGUGAAGGAGGAGCACAUGCACUACAUGUACGACAUUGUGAGACGCUGCAAGCAGCUGGUGAAGCUCUAUGUGCCAUACAUAGCCAACGAUCAGCUGCUGGAGGAGAUUGGCAAGUGGUCCACGCGCCUGCAGAUACUCGACAUCUCCGGCGAGACGGACAUCACAGAGAUUGGCAUUGAUGUGCUGGCCAAGGGCGUGUGCUCGCAGUCGCUGACUGUCGUGGACGUGGGCAUGCCCGGCGAGGAGAACAUUUGCUACUCGGACGUUGCGCUCAUUCUGGAGCACUGCCCACAGGUGGAGACGCUGUCCACGUACUCGUUUGUGGGCGCCUCCCUCAAGUUUAUCUUUGACAAUGUCGACGAUCAUUUCAAGUGUCGGCUGAGGUAUGUCCACGACACGGCCACGGAUGAGGCAACGCUGCAGGUGAUUAUGCAGACAUGUCCGCGUCUGGAGACGCUCUAUCUGGACUCACCCAAGACGGGCUCUCUACGGGCUCUCCACACGAGAACUCUGAGGAAACUGAAGAUCAAUCGGUUUGUGGUGGCGGAGCUGCUGCCGCUGCUGGAGCGGCCCAUUGGCCGAAAUCUGCGGCAUUUGACAAUGAUCAAGGGCACUGGCAACUUGGAGCUGGGCAAGCUGGCGCGUCUGUGUCCCUCGCUGAUCGAUCUCGACUGCUAUUUGAUAGACAGUCUGUCGUAUGGACAGGCGCAGUCGAAAUUCCAGCAGCUGGAGGGCCUGGAAAUUCUCAGCAGUGCCAUUAUGACGAGCUCCCUCAAGGCGUUUCUCUGCAGCUGCACGGAGCUCAAGCGCAUGGCCGUGGAUACUGUGGACUUUACAGAUGAGGAUAUCAUUAGCAUGUUUGUGCAGCACGACUUUAAGCUGCUGGAAGAUAUUUGGUUUACUUUGGCCCCCGAGCUCACCGUUCAAGCUGUGGAGCUACUCUUGGACAGCUGCCCGGAACUGCAGUCUGUGGGGCAGCUGACUGGCUGGUCCCUCACGCCCGAUGAUUUGGCACUCAUUCGUGGACUCCUCAAGAGCGGAAAUUCGAGCAUUGUACUAACGCCAAAUUUUUUUCUUGCUUAACGCCUACAAUAGAAAUUGUGGUGACACCCCUCCCCCACCGAUGCCAUGCUUAGGAGCAAACGUUUUUAUGAACAAAAUAAUAUGUGUUGUGUAUUCUAAUUUGCUUGUGAUAUUAAUAAAAUAAAAGAUUGUUUAAUUUUUGAAUAUAUUA